GGGAGACUGGGCAGCACAUAUAGAGUGUAUUGGAGUGCAAAAAGGCAACCAAAAAGGAGAAAUUGAAAACGGAAACAAAACAUGGUGAAUUCAUUUUUAGGGAGCGUUUCUGCCAUGAUCUAUCUAGCAAACCUUUGUGUUGUACUUUGUGUCCAGAUGGUAUCAGUGGAAGGAGGUGCACUGAAGCAGGAGAUGGUUUUGGAGAGCAGUGCUGCCACACUGAACCAUUCAAUGGCUUUGGUGCAGCGUAUGGAGGCCCUCCUGACCCAGGGAAAUGCCAGCGAUGUGAUCUUACGUGUUCAGACUCUGAACACAGAUGAAGUGAAAGUGAUCCAGGUCCACUCGCUGGUGUUGAUUCUACAGAGCGAUGUGUUUGAUGAGCUGCUACAGACCCGUAACUCCAGUACAAUGGUCCUCAGAGAGCCUGCUGACUGUGCAGCAGUCUUUGAUAAGUUCAUUAGGUACUUAUACUGUGGUGACAUCACAGUACGUCUGAGCCAAGCCAUUCCCUUACACAAGCUUGCCAGCAAGUACCACGUAUGGGACCUGCAACAAGGCCUCACCCAAUAUAUGACCCAGCACCUGUCCAGCGAUUCCCCUACAGGUCACGUGGUUGACUGGUACCAAUAUGCUGUGCAGAUCGGAGAUGUAACCCUGCAGAAUAAUUGCUUGCAGUACCUCUCUUGGAACCUUUCAUCGGUUCUACAGAGUGCCGAAUGGAGCUCUGUCGGUGAGGAACUUCUGCUCUCUUUGCUCCAUCGUUCAGACCUUGUUCUGCAGAGUGAACUUGAGCUGUACGAAGCUCUGGAUGCUUGGAUCAACCAGAACCAGCCUUCUAGUGCAACAGCCGAGAAUGCACUUAAAGCAAUACGUUAUGCGAUGAUAUCACCCCAACAUCUGUUACAUUUGCAGAAGAAGUCAUCACUGAUGCUGAAAUAUUCGGAGUCGGUACGUGAUCUGCUCUUCCUCGCCUUCCAAUUCCACGCAGCCUCACCUGUUCAGCUUGCAAAGUACUUUGACGUUAACUGCAGCCUCUUUACGCCACGUAACUACCUAUCACCAGCUUGGGGUUCACCUUGGGUGAUCAACAACCCUACACGAGACGACCGCAGCUUCAGUUUUCAGACUCAGCUUGGACCUAGUGGCCACGAUGCUAGCAAGCGUGUGACAUGGAAUGCCCUUUUCUCUCCACGGUGGCUUCCGCUCACUGUGCGAUCCGCAUUUCCCGAGCAUGGAUCCAUGCAGCCUACUCGUACCGAUGGUGGCCGUCCACGAAUCAUUGUAACACCAGCCACCUCAAGUCCAGAUUUUGCUGGCGUCAGCUUUCAAAAAACGGUUAUUGUAGCGUCCCGGAAGCAGGGGAAAGUGGUCGUCCGUCAUGUCUACAACUUCCACCAGAGCACAGAGGAAGUGGGCGACUUCCUGUUGGAUGCGGACCUGCAGCGUAGAGCUUCAGAGUACCUCAUUGACAGCUCCCUGUACCUGCAUAUUAUUGUCAAGCCCCUCUACCACAACCUCAUUGUAGCAAAAAAAUAAAGGUCUAGUUUCACUAUUGAUGGUUUCUAAUGCAAUGUUCCUUUCAAGUCAAGUUGUACACUGAAUCACUCUUUAUAUGGACUUUUUGGAAAUCAAAAUCAUUAAGCACUUAAUUUUAUUGUCUUAAUGUCAAAUUCUGAGUUCAUUCAGUUACGUUGUAUUGCAAUUAGUGUUAAGUUUCAUUAAAAUCAUA